CCCUUUUAGAGCGCCGUAGGGCUCCUCCGGGCAGUUGGGAGCGGCUAGUUGUCGUUGGCGGAAGCGGCGCUGCAAGAUGGCGCUGGCUGAAGCGAGUUCUCGGUUCCCCGAGGGGACGCCUCCCGCCGAGCGGCUGAACCCGCUUUCCCGCUUCACGUGCCCGGUCUGCUUGGAGGUGUUCGAGAACCCCGUGCGGGCGCCUUGCGGCCACGUCUUUUGUAUGCCGUGCAUUCAGGAAUGUCUUAAGCCGAAAAAGCCACUUUGUGGAGUGUGCCGCAGCACCCUGUCUCAUGGUAGCAGAGCUUUGGACGUGGAAAAGCAAAUUGAAAUGACAGAGACCACUUGCAAUGGCUGCAGUAAAAAAAUGUACCUCUCGAAGCUGCGCAGUCAUGUGGCUUCUUGCUUGAAAUACCAGAAUUACAUAAUGGAAGGUGUUAGAGCUGUGACUAAAGAUCCACCCCAGGACACAAGGAGUGUUCCGAAUAGGUUUACAUUUCCAUGCCCUUACUGCAAUGAGAGAAACUUGGACCAGGAAGGGCUGGUAGAACACUGCCAAAAGUAUCACAGCAUGGAUACAAAGCGCGUGGUUUGUCCAAUUUGUGCAUCAAUGCCAUGGGGUGACCCAAGCUAUAGAAGUGCCAACUUCAUGGAGCAUCUUCAACGACGGCAUCGCUUUUCUUAUGAUACUUUUGUGGAUUAUGAUGCUGAUGAAGAUGACAUGAUUGCCCAAGUUAUGAUGCGCUCCUUGAGAGAUCAAUGAAAAAUGUAGGAAAUAAACUGUCAAUAUAGGGCUUCCAUUAGGGGAAAAUAAUAUCUUGGACACUUCAUACCCCAACACUCUCUGGCAUCCAUCAAGUGAAGAGUCCAACUUCAUUGCGUUGCUUCUCUGCUUGUUUCCUUUCUAAUGACCUUGCUCACACCUCAGCGAAUAUUUUGUUCAUUCUUUCUUAUUUGAGGAUACUUUCAGUUUGUGUCGCUUUUCUCUUGUUUGUGCUUUUAAAGUUCCCCAGAUUAAACUUUUUGAAGCACUGUCAUUAUUUUAGUGUGCGAGCAGCCUUUUGAAAAAGCUGUAUAACUCUCUUUUUAAUACAGAACAAGAAUUAGAAGCUAGGCAUUUUGUUGGGUAUUUGACAGGUGUCAAACAGGUGUGCGUACUCUUUAUCUGAUGAGCUUGACUUCAUAUUGAGAUGUACAAACACUGUAGCAGGCCCUUAAGUAUCAGUUGUAAGCACAGUAUUGAAUUUCCAUUAUUGGGCUCGCAUUUUGUUUUGACAACUUGAUCAUGCCUUCCACGAGCUUGGGAGGAAUCUGUUAGGGCAGUCCUGUUUGUCACCAUUUGUUUUUCACCACUAACAUCUACUUAAAGUUCAAAUGCUACAUGUAAUUUGGGUUUUCUUUCUUUUUGGAAGGUAGAAGGAUUCAAACAUGUCAGUUCUGGUUUCCUAAGAUCAAAAAUGCCCUUGUAUAUUUCUACCUCUAUACUUAGAAUUGAAAACAAUUUGACAGUAGCAAAUAAAGCUAACUUCUCAUUCCUUAGACAUAGCAAAUACUGGGCAUCUGAGCUCCAGCUCAAGCUUCAUUGACUUUAUGCUUCUGUAUGUAAUAGAAAGAUGUCUUGUGUAAAAGUUCCACACAGAAUUCAGUAUAAUACAUUGAAGUUGGGUGUUUCUGCCUGCACCUCGAUUUCUUCUGCUGUGGUUCCAAAGCCUAGCAUUCCAGUCAGUCAGAGACCUGAGUAUCGGUCAGUUCUUGAUCCCUAAAGACUGUUAUGGCUUAACUACUUUUUGGAAAUUGUGACCAUGUCUGAAUGUACCACCAUGUAAUAGUAAUGAACUUUUGCAUGUCCCGAAUUACCUAAUGGAUGUGUAAAUCUUGUCUUGUGGUGGUACAUUCAGAAGCCAUGUUGACUGGGAAAAUGCAUAUGUCCCGGUAUCACACAGUAGGUAUGAGAAUGGACGAAAGAUUGCUGGGCCAGUUGUAUCGGAGGCAUCUGAAAUGGUUCAUUCUCUGUUAACUGCCUUCUGAUCAUUUCUGUGGCAACUGAAACUGCCCCUGGAGAGUGUGCUGGCAGAGCUUGCACAAGUUGGGACACACAAUUCAGCCUGACAGUCAUGUUUUGAAAUUGACACUGAAGAUGGUGCAAGCUGAUGGACGAUGACAAUUCUGCCUUUGGUGGUCUUUAAGCUGUCUCGUUAUUGGUUCAUACAGAUCAGUAUCUCGACACUGGAUUGACCUGUAUUAAUAAUUGAUACUUUUUUUGUAUUAAUAAUUGAUACUUUUUUUUCUAAAAGUGUUCCGGUUUUAAAACUGUAUCCAAAACCCUGUUGGAAUUUUGACCCUAUUUUCUUGCUCUGAAUCAUUCCUGUAGUGAUAAUCGUUGAGACUGGUUAACAUUCAAAGUAUGCCUGUAGUGUUGUGGGGCAUUUCAGAUCCCUCCACCCCUUCCUACCACAGUCUUCUAGUGCCCCACCAAAAGUGUCUAGUGGGUGUCAGGUAAAACAUCCAAAUGUCAUUCAGUAUGAUUUGGAGGUAGAAACAGCAGCUGGAUGAAAAUCAGCCUGUACAUAUGCAGAAGAAUUUCCGCAUGUACGUUCUGUGGAUCCUGGCAACUCCUCCCACUAUCUCAGCAAAUGAUAGUGUUCUACAUAAUUUAUAGAAACUGGGUAUCCUAAUACAAAACGUAUCUGAUUACUUUGUUCUCAUAUUCUAAAGUGCACUUCUAGUAAUUUUAAUAAUUUUAGAACUUCAAAAACUCUCUUGUUCUGACUUUGAAA